AUGAAGAAGCUCGUUUGGAGGCGGCGGUGGUGGAGGAGGAGGCUUACCCACAUGACGAGGCUGCCCUGGCCCUUGGAGUGGUCGUCGCUGAUGGGUUUCCGGCCGGUGACCAGCUCGAGGAGGACGACGCCGAACGAGUACACGUCGAUCUUCUCGCUGACCUUCCCGUACAUGAAAUACUCUGGAGCGAGGUACCCGAAGGUGCCCACCACGUCGCCCUGA